GGACGGGACCUUUCCCACCUCCGGGGCCGAGCGGAGAAUCCCCGGCUCCCACCCCUCCACAUGUCCAUGUGUCUGUGCUCUCUGCAGGCGGGAGCCUCUCCAAGCAGGACUGGACCAUCCAGUGGCCGAGCACGGAGCCGGGCAAGGAGAACAGCCCGGGCUGCCCGCCGGAGCCCGGCCCCUGGGGCAGGACGCACCCGAGCCCCAAGGUGCAGCCCAAGUGCGGGCAGCACCACUGCCACGCCGGCUCGCCCCACGGCCCCAUGUACACACACGUGGACCGCCUGACCGUGGAGGGUCACCCGGGGCUGUGCCCGCCCCUCGAGUCCGGCCACCGCUCCCUGCCACCGUCCCCGCGGCAGCGCCACGCCGCGCACACCCCCCCGCGCACCCCCAACAUCGUCACCACCAUGACACCGCCGGGGACCCCGCCCGUGCGCCGCAGGAACAAACUGAAGCCCCCCGGGACGCCCCCGCCCUCGUCGCGGAAGCUGAUCCACCUCAUCCCGGGCUUCACGGCGCUGCACCGCAGCAAAUCGCACGAGUUCCAGCUGGGGCACCGCGUGGAUGAGGCGCACACCCCCAAAGUGAAGAAGAAGAACAAGCCCCUGAACCUCAAGAUCCACAACAGCGUGGGGAGCUGYGAGAACAUCCCAGCACAGCGCUCUCCACUCCUGUCCGAGCGCUCCCUGCGCUCCUUCUUCGUGGGGUACCCGCCCUUCCUGCCCUCCACCCCGCCCGUCCACACCGACGCCACCUUCUCGGCCAAUACGCUGUCAGUGCCUCGCUGGUCCCCACAGAUCCCUCGCCGGGAUUUGGGAAACUCCAUAAAACACAGGUUUUCCACCAAGUACUGGAUGUCUCAGACCUGCACCGUCUGCGGGAAGGGAAUGUUGUUCGGCUUAAAAUGCAAAAACUGCAAGCUCAAGUGCCACAACAAAUGCACCAAAGAGGCCCCUCCGUGUCACCUGCUGAUCAUCCACCGCGGAGGGAGACGAGCCGGUCGGGGCGAGGCAGAUUUGCAUUGCAAACCACUUCCACCCACCCUCCCCCUGCCUCCUUUUCUUUUCAGAUUCCCCACCGCACGGGCAAGGUUAGUCCGGACAGAGUCGGUGCCCUGCGACAUCAACAACCCCCUGAGGAAGCCGCCCCGCUACUCAGACCUGCACGUCAGCCAAACGCUCCCCAAAACCAACAAACUCAACAAGGACCACAUUCCRGUGCCCUACCAGCCCGAUUCCAGCAGCAACCCCUCGUCCACCACGUCGUCCACGCCGUCCUCGCCGGCGCCGCCGCUGCCGCCCAGCGCCACCCCCCCGUCCCCGCUGCACCCGUCCCCGCAGUGCCCGCGCCAGCAGAAGCAGUUCAACCUGCCAGCUUCCCAUUACUACAAGUACAAGCAGCAGUUCAUUUUCCCAGAUGUGGUGCCUGAGACGCCGACCCGAGCCCCGCAGGUGGUUCUGCACCCCGUCACCUCCAACCCCAUCCUGGAAGGAAACCCAUUGCUUCAAAUUGAAGUGGAGCCCACCUCGGAGAACGARGAAGGCGCCGAGGAGGCGCAGGAAUCCGAGGACGACUUUGAGGAGAUGAACCUCUCGCUCCUCUCCGCCCGCAACUUCCCGCGCAAGGCCAGCCAGACCAGCAUCUUCCUGCAGGAAUGGGACAUCCCCUUCGAGCAGCUGGAGAUCGGGGAGCUCAUCGGGAAGGGCCGCUUUGGGCAGGUGUUCCACGGCCGCUGGCACGGCGAGGUGGCCAUCCGCCUCAUCGACAUCGAGCGCGACAACGAGGACCAGCUCAAGGCCUUCAAGAGGGAGGUCAUGGCCUACAGGCAGACCCGGCACGAGAACGUGGUGCUCUUCAUGGGGGCCUGCAUGAGCCCUCCCCACCUCGCCAUCAUCACCAGCCUGUGCAAAGGACGGACUCUCUACUCAGUGGUGAGGGAUGCCAAAAUCGUCCUGGACGUCAACAAGACGAGGCAAAUAGCACAAGAAAUAGUGAAGGGAAUGGGGUACCUGCACGCCAAGGGCAUCCUCCACAAGGACCUCAAGUCCAAGAAUGUCUUCUACGACAACGGGAAGGUGGUGAUCACCGACUUCGGGCUCUUCAGCAUCUCUGGAGUUCUCCAGGCGGGCAGGAGGGAGAACAAGCUGCGGAUCCAGAACGGCUGGYUGUGCCACCUGGCUCCCGAGAUCAUCCGGCAGCUCUCUCCGGACACCGAGGAGGACAAGCUGCCCUUCUCCAAGCACUCGGAUGUCUUYGCCCUGGGCACCAUCUGGUACGAGCUGCACGCCCGGGAAUGGCCCUUCAAGACUCAGCCAGCCGAGGCCAUCAUCUGGCAGGUGGGGAGGGGGAUGAAGCCCAACCUCAGCCAGAUCGGGAUGGGCAAGGAGAUCUCGGACAUCCUCCUGUUCUGCUGGGCCUACGAGCAGGAGGAGAGGCCCACCUUCACCAAGCUCAUGGACAUGCUGGAGAAACUGCCAAAGCGCAACCGCCGCCUUUCCCACCCGGGCCACUUCUGGAAGUCGGCAGAGUGA